AUGCCUGUAUCGGAUAAAUCAAUAUUCGAAUUAGGACUCGAAGGUCAAUCGCCGGACAUCCUAAAUUCUUUGAAACGUGAUCACGACGAAUUAAAAUCACUUCACCAAAAAUUUAAUACCGCAAAUUCUACCAAUGAUCGAGAACGAAUUGCCAAAGAAAUAUUGAAAGGUGUAGGAAUUCAUGAUAAGAUCGAGACACUAGUUUUCUACCCAGCCUUAAAAGAUUAUGGAAAGGAGACAGGAAUUGAUUAUGUUAAGCAAAGCUUGUCAGAUCAUGAAAAUGUUAGAUCUUCGUUGUAUGAGUUGGUUACUUUGCUUGAGGACGAGGGGGUUGAUUCACAGAUGUUUAAGAAUUUCUUAAAUCAAAUGAUGACGGAUUUUAUUGAGCAUGCUGAAGUGGAAGAAAAAGAAAUUUUCAAAUUUUGCCGAAAGAUAUUUGAUGACAAAAAAAUAAGUGAACUUGGUAGAAAAUUAGACGAAAUGCGUAAGUCAGCUCUAAGUGCUACGGAAAAAGAAAUGGUGGGAGAAACAGAGGAAUUAGGGGAUGCGGUGGAAGCAGGAGAGAUAGAAGCCAUGGAAGAAGCAGAAGAGACUGAAGCUAUAGAAAAAAUGGCUGAAUAG